AUGAUUCAACAGACUGAUUCCUCACAGCUCGCAAACUGUGAUCACAUUCCUGUCAUUGAUUUAUCUAGCAUCGACAGUGCAUCUCUCGAGGGACGCCAGAAGCUCGCUCAAACCAUUUUUGAGGCUUGCACGCAGGUUGGAUUCUUCUACAUCAAGAAUCAUGGUAUUCCAGAUUCCCUGGUGGACGGAAUCCAUGAUGCAGCGGCACGUUUCUUCGACCUUCCGGAGGAGGACAAGAUGAAAUUCUACAUUGGAAAUUCCCAGAAAUUUCGCGGAUACAGCCCGAUAGGCGGCGAAAAGUCCACCGGCACCGAAGACGAUCCCAUCCCGGAGGAAAAAGCAGUCGGCGUCCUUUCAGAGGCAUUUGACAUUGGUUAUGAAGUCGCUAUGGACUCCAGCAAGUCUAAAGACGCUCUUCUUCCUUCAGACCCUUAUGAACUCUAUGGCGACAACCAGUGGCCAGAUGAGGAGACACUAUCCGGAUUCUCUGAGAUGUAUAUCAAAUAUUGCGUUUCAGCCCUGGAUCUUUGCCGCAAGAUGAUGAAGAUAUUUGCGCUUGCACUUGGAUUGCCUGAAACAUACUUUGAUUCUAGUAUCCGUACGCCAGGAGUGACGUCGAGGAUGAUGCAUUACCCCGCCCAGCCGGUAGCCGGGGAAGUGCAAGAAGGACUUGGAGCGCACACGGAUUGGGAAUGCUUUACGGUACUCUCUCAGGGAAAAGUUCCCGGCCUCGAAGUUCUCAAUCACAAGGGUGACUGGAUUCUGGCACCCCCUAUUCCAGGCACACUAGUUGUUAAUAUCGCCGACUGUUUGUCUACUUGGACCAACAAAACUUUCAAGUCAACAAUUCACCGCGUGAAUAAUCUCUCAGGAGAAGAACGAUAUUCAAUUCCUUUCUUCUUUGGCGUUGACUACGACGCCACAGUCUCUGUUUUGGAGAAAUAUACGUCAAGCGAGAGUCCCCCUUGUAGACCACCCUUCAAAGCUGGGGAUUGGGUCCGUGAGAAGCUUUCAAGGGCCUAUGUGGGCUUUGAAGGCUAG